AUAUUCAGCACGACUUUAGGAGGGUAAAAUGAAGGUGUUUCUGGUCGUGUUGGCCCUCUUUCUGCCCCUCAUGAGUGCCCAGGUGCCUCACUGGGGUCCGUGCCCAGAACCUGCAACUCAACCCGCCUUCAAUCUUCAAAAAUUUAUGGGCCGGUGGUUUGAGAUCGCUAAACUUCCAGCACAGUUUGAGCGAGGGAGAUGCAUUGAGACCAACUUCACUCUCAAGCUGGACGGAACAGCUCAUGUAGUGAGCUCUGAAAUUCUAAAAGGAGAGCUAAAAACAAUUGACGGGACGGCUGUGGUGGAAGAUAAAAGAAACCCGGCAAAGCUUGGAAUUAGUUUCUCCUAUGUUUUGCCCUACACGCCAUACUGGAUUUUGUCCACUGAUUAUGAGAAUUCGGCUCUGGUCUAUUCCUGCACUGAUGUCUUGAGACUCUUCCAUGUAGACUUUGCUUGGAUUUUGGGACGCACCCGAUCCCUGCCUGCUGCCACCAUUGAACAUGGAAAAGAGGUUUUUACCAGUAACAACAUUGAUGUCAGUCGGAUGAUCUUGAGCAGGCAGCAGGGAUGCGACCAAAAACUUUGAAUGACUAAACUGAAAUGUGUUUUAAAUGUUUUGUGGACUGUUAAAGUACUAUACUAUUAUUUUAAAUAUUAGGUAUACAAUGAAAAUGGUUUUAUAUAAAUCCUAGGCACCAUUUUUAGAGCAUAUUGUUAUUAAAAUAUUUAUCAAAUAGUAAUGGAUGUUGGCAAAUUAGAAAUGUUCUCUAUCUGUUUUGGGAAUUUUUGUACCUAUAAUUGAAAGCACAAGUUUCCAAUUGAUCAAAAUAAAAUAGAGCACUAACCAAAACC